AUGCACGGCGCAAACCGCGCGUUGCACCUCGCUGUGGCCUGCCGUACUUCGAGCGGUAUCCACCUGACCCUCGCCAAGGCGUAUCUCUCGCACGGUAUGCACGUCGUCAUGGGAGAGAACGACGAGGUGCGCCUGUCUGCCGCGCUGCUCACCGUCCUGCACGCCAAUACUAGGGUAGGCCGGUCGACGAGCACUGGCGCCCGGGAGCACAUCCUCAACAUCAACGUCCCGGGCGUCGUCAACGGACGGCAUAGAAACGUCUCCAAAGCGCCCGGCAAGGUGUACACGGAGAACCUCGCGCACGAGCUGCGCCCAGAACAAGGACGGCAUGGUCGACACCAAGCUGCUCGUACCAUGAUGCCAGGAGAAACACAAAUCUUCCCGUUUUGCACGGAAUCACGCCUGCAAAUGAGGAUCUACUCGACUUGCAGAGUUGGAGCAGAGAGCGGCAAGCCCAAGCCCGACGGCGCAUUGACGCCCAAGCAGACGGUCGAAUGCUUGCUCAAGAAGGCGUCAUAG